AGAGGAAUAGCGUCCUAAGCAACUGACGAUUGUAAGAUUACUGACAAUGCAUCUAUUCUCUACUUUCAAAUCGAAAAAUAAGAAAAAUAAGAAAUAAGAAAAGAAAAUAUAUGAAUGAAAAUUUAUCUGUUAUGGAGAAUCACUUAGUAAUGAGUCAAAAUCGAUUGCAGUUUAUCGUAAUUAUUGGACAUUAUAUAGUCUGUCACUAUAGACAGGCUAUAUUAUGAAAAUACAAGACGGAAAAAUAAUCGUGUAAAUAAUACAUUAAGCCGAGAUGUAGUCAAAUUAUCUUUCGAAUUCCACACUGCAGUUGACAUCUAACCAGGAACAUGGAUGUUUUCGACAAACAAUAUUAUAUCUAUCGUACAAUAUUGAAAAUUGUAGGACUGUGGCCAUAUGAUAAAUCAGUUUAUGUAUGGAUUCAGAGAACAUGUUUAUUACUGUAUUUUCUUAUCGGUAUAAUAUUUCAGAUUAUUGUGCUCCUAAACUCUGAAACUACAUUACGAAAUUAUGUUGUUACGUUGUCUGCGACUUUUCCUUUACUGCUAUUUUUUUUACGAUAUAUUUAUUAUAUUACAAUUUUUCCAUACCUACAACAUUUAUUCGAUUACAUCCGUACAGAGGAACAUCUGUUACAAGACACGACAGAAAUACAAAUACAAACGAAAUAUCUCGAUAUUUCCAGUCACAUCAUCCAUAUUUUUUGUUGCGUGUCUUUCGCUUUUAUUGCAGCGACUAUCAUAUUCCUAGUGAAUCCUUUAAUAUUGGAUAUAAUCAUGCCUUUAAACGAAUCUCGCACUCAUUUCAACGUUUCAUUCAUUUUCGGCGAUCAAAACGCCUAUAUUAAAAUAUUUUUGAUCUUAAAUUUCGUGUUAAAUCUAUUAUUCGGAUUAUUAUCUAUAACGAGUACAGAAUCGUUAACUAAUAUUUUUAGUUACUAUAUAUGCAGACGAUUUAAUAUAGUUAGUUAUCGAAUACGAAAGAUAAUUGAGGAUCUCAGUAUGCCCAAUCUGACUAAGAUAGAUUUGAAACUUAUAGACAUACAUCGAGUAGUGGACAUUCAUUGCCACGCUAUCGAACAUAUUAAUUUAGCCACAAAUAAUACAGCAACGCAAUAUCUAAUGGCAAUUAUUGUAUGCAUACUUUCAUUCUCUGUAAAUCUAUAUCGCCUAUAUAACGCAAUAAUAACUAUGGACAGUAGAAUAGAAAUCUUCGGUUCUAUUCUUAUAGUUAUGUAUCAUUUAAUGAUCGCGUUUUAUAAUAAUCAUUGCGGACAAUUAAUUAUUGACAGUAAUCUUAGCAUAUUUAACGAAUUAUUUGCUUCUACAUGGUAUCGCAUUCCUUUAAAAGCGCAAAAACUAUUAUUGUUUAUGAUAUUGAGAAGCUCAAUGGAUUGUGAGUUAUGUCUUUCUGGUUUAUUCACUCCGUCUUAUGUUGGCUUUACAUCGAUGUUGAGUUCAUCCUUCUCCUAUUGUGCCGUUAUAUAUUCAAUUCAAUAAAUAUUCUCGAAUUACUGGCAUUUUACUUCAGUAUAAGUAUUGCAAUUAUAUGAUAUUAUUAUACGUGUAGAU